UGAUUCUUCCACACACUGCAGUGCUGACACUUGUACAAGAGAGUAUACACUAAUGCAGACUAUGUAGUAUAAAAGAGUCACUCUGCAGCAUGCUGCAUUCAACAAGAAGCAACUACAAUCAGCCAAGAACACAAGAAACUCCAAUAAAUCCUUCUCAUUCAACAACUAUUCAAGAUGGUGCAUAUCAAAGUAUCAAACGGUGUCGAGACUCGCAGGUUCCAAGUGACUGGAGAGCUAUCCUUUGAGCAGCUCCAAGAAAAGCUAGCCUCCAUAUUCCCCUCCGCUGUAGUGGACCAGCUGCAAUACAGGGACUCAGACGGUGACGUCAUCACUAUCUCAUCUGAUGGAGAGCUACAAGAAGCACUCUCCAGUCUACCUAAUGACUCCGUACUCAAGCUGCACAUACAGAGGAGGCCAACACCACGUCCUCGACAAUCUCUCUUCAGUGACAUUUUUGAACCCUCAACAAGUAUUUGGGACCAGUUAUUUGGCAAGCAGUAUAAGGCGACAGAGAGCCUUCUCGAGCAACUGUGGGGAAGAGCAGAGGAGAGUAGCGACACUGUGUGCCCUGAGGGUAGCGAGUGCCCUCACACUGCGUGCCCUGAGGACAGAGAGGCUGAAGCUAAGGUGAAUGAAACCAAGUCAUCAGACGAGGAGGAAGUCAAAUCAAAAGUGGACCAAACCAAGUCAUCAGAUGGAGAUGAAGUCAAAUCAAAGUCAGACGAUGAGACAACAGUGAAAUCAAAAGAUACUCCUGUGAUUCGGUCCCAUACUGUGCUGUCAUGGGAACCACAACUGCAGUACACCUGGCUGGGUCCUCGCACCGUGUUGAGGCCAGUGAGGUACAACGUCCAUUACUGGGGACUACCAUCUGAGGAGGCAGGCAACGACAAGACAAAGACUAGUAACCAGGCUACUCCACAAGAGACUCCUGUACACUAAUAAUAAACUCACGACUGUUGUAGUAAUAGAAUAGUUAAAUAUUGUUUAUUAUUCAUGACAUGCCGUAUUUUACUGAAUAAUUAUUUUAUGAUAAUUAUACUUCUUUAGACAAA